AUGACCACCGCCAAUCCUCACGUGUGUGAGUUGCCAUGACGGACGCUUCAGACUGAUGCGCAGGAGUCACGCUCACGCUUGAUUCACUCACCCACUAACCCUCUCGCCAGUCUUUGACGUGAUGUUUGGAGGCGAGGCACCUGCCAGCCGGGCGGGACAAAACCGCAUCGUGUUCGAGUUGUUUGCAGACAAGGUUCCCAAAACUGCAGAAAACUUUAGAGCGCUAGCUACCGGAGAGAAGGGCGAUGGUCUGCACUACAAGGCGUCCACCUUUCAUCGGUGAGCCUGGCCUUCAUCCUGCUCCUCCUACUGCUCCCCAAAGCUCACCCUGCUCCUUGACCCGCUCGCCUAACCACGUUUGCAGGAUGUGAGUCAUGAGUCUUGUCAUCCGUCCAACUCCGUGUCCACGCGCACUCACCACCUUCCCCCUUCACAACGCAACGCAACCCAACGCAACCCAACGCAGCAUCAAGCAGUUCAUGAUCCAAGGUGGCGACUUUACAAAUCACAACGGGACCGGAGGCAAGAGCAUAUACGGCGAAAAGUAAGUCGUUCACGCGCUUCACAUGCCCUCUCUCGCUCGCUCCUCGUUGCAUCGCUCAAUCUCGCUCGACUUGGGGCAAGACAGGUUCGAGGAUGAAAAUUUUGAUUUGAAGCAUUCAGAACCAUUUCUGCUCUCCAUGGCAAACGCAGGGCCUGGCACCAAUGGCUCUCAAUUCGUGAGCUCGCAUCCUUGCUCGCUGAGCAUGUCGCUCAGCCAUGCGCUUGCUUACCAUUCUCCCAUGCAUGGCCACACUCAUGCUACAGUUCAUCACCACCGUGCCCACCCCGCACCUCGACGGAAAGGUGGGAGCAUGAGGUGGCAGGCAAGACUCGCAGGAUCUGCACGCUCACUUUUCCUCCCUUUCCAUCCACAGCACGUCGUCUUUGGCAAGGUGAUCGCCGGCAAAGCCGUCGUGCGUCGCAUGGAGGCCGUAGAGACCGAAGCGCAGGACAGGCCAAAGGAGCCCAUCACCAUCGCCGAUUGCGGUGUCAUCGAGACGGUGUGUAGGCAUGCCUCAAACGCGCGAUUCUUGCAGCUUGCACCUUCGCUGACACGAGGCAGGCGUGUGCGCUUCUUUUUUGAACAGGGCGCGCCUUGGGGCAUCGAGCCCGACGGCGAGGACAAGUAUGAAGAUUGGCCAGAAGAUGCUGGCGAGGAAAUCGAAAAGGAUGUGAGUGGCCGGUGGCAGGGCGUCUGGCGGCGCACAGGGUUGCCGCGCCUCUCACAUGCUCCACGAACGAUCAUCCACAGCCGAAAGCAGCUCUUCGCGUGGCGACGGAGUUGCGCGGUUUGGGCAACGCUAGGUUCGGCAAAGGCGAAUUCGCAGGCGCAUUGGAGAAGUGGCAGAAGGCCAUUCGAUACCUCAACGUGCACCCUGUCCUACCAGAACCGCACAGCGAGGACAAGGCUUUGGUGGAGGAGUACGCUACGCUCAGGAAUGCUCUCUCGCUCAACAGCGCUCUGUGCGCGCUCAAACUCACACCGCCGAAUGGAAAGGUCGCUGUCAAUGAGACUCAAAACGUCAUUGCUAGGAUCGGCGGCGAGAAUUGGUCCGAUGACUAUCCUCCUGUGAGUCUUGUCAUCUUUGCGAUGCGAGGAUUGGCACAAACGCUACUUACCGACGCCUGCAUGCUUGCCUGCAGCGAGUCAAGUCUGACCUGGCAAAGGCCUACUACAGGCGUGCGCUCGGCCAGUGAGUAAUGGCUGGCAAUCAAAUGAGCCGGAUGCUGUAGAAUAUCGGGCGGCUAAUCACGCCAUGCCUCUCAUCUUUCCCAGAGUGGCUCUCAAAAAUGAAGACGCAGCUUUGGCAGAUCUGGAGACGACGCUGCACUUUGCGCCUGGCGAUGCGGGAGCGUUGCGCGAGAAGCAGGCCAUCCAUGCACGUAGGGCGGCAAAGAGGGAACAGCAAAAAGCUGCGUAUGGCAAGUUCUUUGGCGGAAACAAGAGUGCCGCUGCAAAGUCAGCCGAAUGA